AUGACUCCCAAUCCUUCUGACGAUUCCUCUGAAAAAAAUUCGGUAGACUGUUCUUCCUUAAACGAUGAACCCAUGUUAUCCAAUGAAAGUUAUAAUAAAAACUUCCAUAUUGACGAAACUGGAUUGUUGACAUUCCAACCAUCUUCUCCGCUAAAGCCAAAGAAUUGGUCAGUAAAGAAGAAGCUCAUAUACACCAUGAGUUAUAGUUUGGUAACUUUCGCUGCACAGUUGAACUCUACCACUACCUCGUCGGUCUAUUUUGUCAAGGAAAUGAAACACAACUAUAAUAUUGGGAGAGAGGUUAGCACAUUGUCAAUAUCUUUGUACAUUCUAGGUAUCGCCUUUGGUCCAAUGGUUUUUGCUCCAAUAUCAGAAGUCUAUGGCCGUAAAAUCGGUGUUUUGAUUCCUUUCCUUAUUUCGUGCAUGUUCACCUUUGCCACUGCAAUAUCUUACAACGUCCCCUCAUUGAUGAUAUGCAGGUUCCUUGCUGGUGUCUUCUCCGGUGCUCCAGUGGUUUCCUCUGGCGGUGUUUUGGCAGACUUAUGGGAACCUGCAUAUCGAGGUGCGGCAUUGGCCUUGUAUGCAUGUGUUGUUGCCAAUGGUGCGGCCGUUGGCCCCGUAAUUAGCUCGUUGUUGAUUAACAGUAAUUCCAGCCACCAAUCAUGGAGAAUCCCACAAUACUUUACAGGUCUAUUACAGGGGACUAUGUUCACAUACGUUUUUUUUUGCACGAAGGAGACAUACGAGCCUGUCAUUCUACAGAAAAUUGCAAAGAAAGAAAAGAUUGUUUCUAACAAAUGGGAGAUCCAUAGUGAAAUGGACAAAUGGCGAAUCAACUGGGGAGAAAUAAUACGGAAACACGUUUAUAGACCGUUUAAGAUGCUAGUUACUCCAAUUGUCUUUGUAAUGGCCUUGUUUGCAAGUUAUGUUUUUGGUAUUCUUUAUUUGAUGAUCACCAAUAUCUCUACAGCGUAUGAGUUUGAGCAUGGUUGGUAUGGAACUACUGGCGAAUUGCCCAACUUUGCCUUAUUUAUCGGUAUUAUCUUUGGUUGUAUUAUAAACAUGUUGUGGGCAUUCAGAUACGCAAAAAUGGUGAAGGCAAACGGCGGCAAAGCAAUUCCUGAACAACGUUUCCCCAUUAUGAUUAUGUUUGGGUGGAUGAUGCCAGCAGGGAUUUUCAUUUUUGGUUGGACUUCCUCUCCAAAUAUUCAUUGGAUAGUUCCAAUGGUUGGCAUUAUGCUAACUGGAUGUGGCUUCAUUAGUAUUUUUCAGGGAUGUUUAAACUACUUAGUUGACUUAUACCCAAGAUAUGCAGCAUCGGCAAUUGCUGCCAAUACCUUUCUAAGGUCUGUCUUUGCAGCCGUAUUCCCUCUAUUUGCAAGACAACUAUUUUCUAAUUUAGGCGUUCAUUGGGGAGCUUCACUGAUAGCAUUCUUUGCUCUUGGGAUGAUUCCAAUUCCAGUUGUGUUGUUUGUGUUUGCAGAAAGGGUGAGGAAUAUGAGCAAGGACUUAUACAUUGACUAA